GACGACUGCUAUUAAAAUGCUCUUUGGUAUUUGAAUAUUUUGUUGCACCAUUCUGCCAGGUCGAUGUUUCGAUAUCAAUGGCCCCAAUACUCACUCUUACUAUGUCGACCUUCAGAUCCAUAUACCUCAAGGCCAUUGCCAGUAUCAUGCGGCUUGCCCAGCCUUGCCCAGUCACUUCGCUGUCAUAUAACGAUGUUAUCCAGAUACCAGCUCGCGACUCGAGUCGCACAAUCAAAGCCCAUGUCUACCGGCCUAGCAGCUCCGAGAGGCGGUCUGUUUCACCCGUUCUAAUCAACUUCCACGGCAGUGGCUUCAUUCUACGCUGGCACGGCAGUGAUGACUAUUUCUGCCGCCUGGUUGCCGACGAAGCCAACUACACAGUCCUCGAUAUCCAAUAUCGCCUAGGCCCAGAAUGCCCGUUUCCUGCUGCGCCUAAUGAUGCAGAGGAUGUCGUGAAAUACAUCCUAUCCCGGCCUAGCGAAUUCGAUCCCACUCACCUUUCCCUCUCUGGAUUCAGUGCGGGUGGAAAUCUCGCGCUCGGGGUUGCAAUUGCUGGUACCUUCCCAAAGGGUGUCUUCCGCUCUCUUCUCCUGUUCUAUCCACCAACAAAUUUCACAAUCGACCCUAGUCUAAAGAUGGCACCAGAUCCAUCGGGAGCUCCGAUACCAGCAAAUGUGGCACGAUUCUUCAACCAAUGUUACAUUGGCGCUCAGGAUCCUAGAUGUCCACUGCUGUCACCUGCUUUGGCGGAUGUGGAUCGACUGCCUGAGAAUGUCCUUAUCAUCACCUGUGCAUGCGAUUCAUUGGCCCCCGAAACAGAGAGCUUUGCACAGAGGGCAAGCGAGGAGAGAGGGCGGGGCAGCUUCCAUCUAGUAUCAAAACGGAUUGACGGGGUCAACCACGCUUGGGAUAAAUUUACUGGGAAAGGCAGCGAAGGGGAGAAGAAAAGGGAUGAAGCUUAUGCCAUGGCUAUUAAACUGCUGGAGAGAUAGCUUGACCUGGGCGAACUAGCGUGUAAGCGCCUGCCAUAACCAGUAAUUAAACACUCAGACUCGGUCUCCAGAAUCAUCGGCUCUAUAGCUUAGCCCCUAUUUUGGAACGUAAGUUCUUCAUGGCCUCGGCGUAUGGUAGGUGGUGUUAUCUUCCGAGACGUCUUGAUGGUGGCUUGGUGGCUUGGUGGCUUGCUCCCGCAAUGGCCGAUC